UCAGCUGUGCCAGACUGUGCGCACACAUUUCCUGAAAACGCCCCGUGACAGAGAAAAGGGGGAAACUCCAGAGACUCCGAAUAAUAAGAAGAAUAAUAAAGCUUGUUUAUCCAGAGGAGGAGGGACGGACUCGCAACUUCCCUCCUGCGCCAAAACUUUCUGAUCACUCUCCAAACCUGCACUUUUCCUCCCUCACCAGCAGCUUCUCGGUCUCCACGCUCCGCGGCAACAACACCGACCGAGGUCAGCGCCUGUGACCGCCCACGGGAUCUGUCAACGCGGCCACAGCAGCAGCAGCAGCAGCGGGUGUCCGUGAACAUGCCAGCCGGAGGAGUCGCUGGCUGAGCGGACACGACGACGACGCGGCCGCUGCGCGCAUGGAGGAAGCCCCGGUGGCGCAGGAGUGAACUAACGUGGAGCUGAACGUGAAGUUUGUGAAAUCGCAGUGACACCAUGUUGGGGAACCCGGGGACGUACGCGAACAAGAAGAGGAAGAAGCCCGUCCUCAAACAAAAGAAAGUGUCUGAGGGCAAUGAGGUCGUCAAAUCCAACCCUUCAAAGCGACACCGGGAUCGGCUGAACGGGGAGCUGGACCGCCUCACGGACCUCUUGCCCUUUUCUGAGGAUGGUCGCUCUCGUCUGGACAAACUGUCCGUCCUUCGCCUCAGUGUGGGAUACCUGAAGGUCAAGAGCUACUUUAAAGGUGAGGAAAUUCAAGCCAAGUCCACUGUUGUGGAUCGAAUGACACUGGACUUGGCCUUCGGACGUCGGUCUCUAAGGGCAGAUCCUAAUAAGCCCUUCGUUACUUUGCGCUGCACCGAAGCUGCCGUCUAGAUUGACAGAAGAAAACUGCAGAAUAGAGGCUUGCACAUUUUUCAAACUCUUUUUUUGCAUCUUAUUGUAAAUAUAGAGUCAAUCACAAUACACAAAAACAUGAGUUGUGUAGAAUUCAAUCUAGAGAAGUGGACAAUUCAAAACUGUAGAAACUAGGCCCUUCAACUGCCCGGACUGGAAGUGAUCGGAGAGGAGCUGCACUGGCAGCAGCUUUGACAGCCGAGGCAGGAAUGAGAAGCAUGUAGGAAUCUGGUUUUAGGAAACAACACAUCCUCAGUACUUGAAACCUUACCCCACCCUCUCCGGUGAA